CCCUGAAUCUUUUUCCCCAUUGCGAAUAUGUCAACAAAACCCUCGUUUCUUCUCCCUCAAGACAGUGUCAUGUACUAUAAAAGUUAAUUUCCCAAAUCUCUUGCAAUUUAUAACCUAAAAAGCCUUGAAUUAUCGUUUCCACUAUGGGUAAUCGGCUGACCUGUUUGGGGGUGAAAAAGGCUACAAAUUACUAUGUAUCAGUGGUGCCAGCAGCUGCAGCCUACGCAGCAUUUGAUGCAGAACACGCCUAUGCAGAUGGCCCGUUCAAAUUUUCUCCAUUCUCCAGCUCUACGCCCCCUCCGGAGCCUCAGCAGCCGGCUUUGGAGGCGGCUAAGCAGCUAGCCAAGCCGCCCGAGCCACGGCCUCGGAAUGAUAAUCCUAGGACGGCAUCUUCUGGAUUCGACCCCGAGGCAUUGGAGAGGGGCGCGAAGGCGUUGAAAGAGAUCACUAGCUCUUCGCACGCUAAACAGGUAUUUGAAGUGAUGAAAAAGCAAGAAGAAACAAGGCAACAAGAGUUGAAUGUAAAAGCAGCAGAAUUCAAGGCGAUGCGAGCUCAAGAAGAAACUGAGAAACAAAAAGUGGUGUAUGAUGAACAGAAAAAGCUAGCCCAGACACAGGCACAGAUAAAAUCACAAAUGGCUCGUUAUGAAGAUGAACUGGCACGGAAAAGAAUGCAGGCUGAAAAUGAACAUCAUAGAACAAGAAACCAGGAGCUUGUAAAAAUGCAAGAGGAAUCAGCUAUGAGACAGGAGGCUGCCAGACGAGCAACUGAGGAGCAAAUUCAAGCACAACGUCGCCAGACUGAAAGAGAGAAGGCAGAGAUUGAACGUGAAACUAUCAGGGUGCGGGCUAUGGCAGAGGCAGAAGGUAGAGCUCAUGAAGCCAAGCUUGCUGAGGAGGUUAAUAAAAGGAUGCUGGUUGAGCGUGCAAAUGCAGAGCGAGAGAAAUGGGUUUCUGCGAUUAAUACAACUUUUGAACACAUUGGAGGGGGUCUGCAUGAAAUUUUGACGGAUCAAAACAAGCUUGUUGUAGCUGUUGGAGGUGUAACAGCUCUUGCUGCAGGAGUUUACACGACGAGAGAAGGUGCUAGGGUGAUUUGGAGUUAUGUGGACCGAAUUUUGGGACAACCAUCUCUAAUAAGAGAAUCUUCAAGAGGGAAAUAUCCAUGGUCAGGCCUUUUUUCUCGUGGCCUGAGAACUAUCACCAGUGGUGCUAAUAGAAGUUCUAAAAAUGGGAAUGGGUUUGGCGAUGUUAUCUUGAACCCUUCACUUCAAAAGCGGAUUCAACACUUGGCAACUGCAACAGCUAAUACGAAAACUCAUCAGGCACCAUUUAGGAACAUGCUCUUUUAUGGGCCACCAGGAACUGGAAAAACGAUGGCUGCUAGGGAGCUUGCCCGCAAAUCUGGCCUCGACUAUGCCUUGAUGACUGGAGGAGAUGUUGCGCCAUUGGGUUCUCAGGCUGUUACUAAGAUACAUCAAUUGUUUGACUGGGCUAAGAAAUCGAACAGGGGAUUGCUGCUUUUCAUUGAUGAAGCAGAUGCGUUCUUGUGCGAGCGGAACAAAACAUAUAUGAGUGAAGCUCAAAGGAGCGCACUCAAUGCACUGUUAUUUCGCACUGGUGACCAGUCCAAGGAUAUAGUCCUCGCUCUUGCAACCAACCGACCUGGUGAUCUUGACUCUGCUGUGGCAGAUCGUAUCGAUGAAGUCCUCGAAUUCCCCUUACCCGGUGAAGAGGAGCGUUUCAAACUGCUCAAACUGUAUCUGCGUAAGUACAUAGCAGAAGCUGGGGAGAGAAAACCGGGAUUGUUCUCACAUUUCUUCAAAAAACAACAGAAGAAAAUCGAGAUCAAGGGUGUGACUGAGGAUCUUAUCAAGGAAGCUGCUGCAAAGACUGAGGGGUUCUCUGGAAGAGAAAUUGCGAAGCUCAUGGCUAGCGUUCAAGCAGCGGUCUAUGGUAGUGAGGACUGUGUGUUGGACGCCACUCUUUUCCGCGAAGUUGUAGACUAUAAAGUUGCAGAGCAUCAACAGAGGAAGAAACUUGCAGAAGGGCAAGAUGCUGCCCAAUGAAUCUGAGCCUUAGCUGUAGUUUUCGCCCUGAGUACAAGCCAUUGCUCUUGUUUACGUGGCCCAGAAUUUUUUCAUUUCUGGGAACUAUUCAAUUAUUCUUCAUUUAAGAGGCAGUUUAUCCGAA